UAAUUCUCUUCUCCAAUGUCCCAAGGGAUCUUUGUAUCCAGUAUUGUUCUCACCUUGUCACAGCGAUCACUUUUCAAGUUUUACAUGUACAGUUCUGCCUUCCUCCUCGCUGCCACGUCAGUGUUGGUGAAUUACUAUGCUGCUCUGCACAUGGAUUUUUCUGGUGCCUACAACACAUCUGCUUUUGGAGUUGACUUCCUUCCUCUCAAAGGCCCCUCCCUCUGGAUGGCGCUGAUUGUUCUACAGCUAACAUUUGGGAUUGGAUACAUAUCACUGCUCCAAAUCCAUUCCGUCUACUCACAGUUAAUUAUUUUGGAUCUCCUGGUUCCUGUCAUAGGUUUGAUCACAGAGCUCCCAGUACACAUCAGAGAGACGCUAGUUUUUAUUUCUUCCUUGAUUCUCACAUUAAAUACAGUGUUUGUGUUGGCAGUGAAACUGAAGUGGUUUUAUUAUUCCGCACGCUACGUCUUUCUCUUAGUGAGGCACAUGUACCGCAUUUACGGAUUACAAUUACUGGUGGAGGACACGUGGAAGAGAAUUCGCUUCCCGGAUAUACUGCGAGUGUUUUGGCUCACGAGGAUCACAGCGCAGGCGACUGUGCUGAUGUACAUUUUAAGGCUCGCCAAUGACACUGACUCCAUCUUCCUGUCCUGGGAUGAUUUCUGGGACCUUGUGUGCAGUCUGAUCAUCAGUGGCUGCGAUUCCACACUGACUGUACUGGGCAUGAGUGCCGUCAUCUCCCUGGUAGCCCAUUACUUAGGACUGGGGAUACUGGCCUUCAUCGGCUCCACUGAGGAGGACGACAGGCGGCUGGGCUUGGUGGCUCCCGUCUUAUUUUUCAUCUUGGCUCUUCAGACUGGCCUAAGUGGGCUGAGGCCGGAAGAGAGACUUAUUCGCUUAAGCAGAAACAUGUGCCUUUUAUUAACCGCAGUCCUGCACUUCAUCCACGGUAUGACAGACCCCGUGCUGAUGUCGCUCAGUGCCUCACACGUGUCAUCGGUCCGCAGACAUUUCCCGGUGCUGUUCGUCUCUGCUUCCCUGUUUGUUCUUCCUAUUCUACUCAGCUACGUCCUCUGGCAUCACUAUGCACUCAACACAUGGUUGUUUGCAGUUACAGCCUUUUGCGUGGAGCUAUGCCUGAAAGUCAUCGUCUCCCUCACUGUGUACACGUUGUUCAUGAUCGACGGCUACUAUAACGUCCUCUGGGAAAAACUUGAUGAUUAUGUCUACUAUGUUCGUUCAACAGGCAACAUUAUCGAGUUUAUAUUUGGAGUGGUAAUGUUUGGAAAUGGGGCUUAUACCAUGAUGUUUGAGUCGGGAAGUAAAAUUCGGGCUUGUAUGAUGUGCCUACACGCCUAUUUUAACAUCUACUUACAAGCAAAAAAUGGCUGGAGGACAUUUAUGAAUCGUAGGACUGCUGUUAAGAAAAUUAAUUCACUCCCUGAAAUAAAAGGGAGCCGCUUACAAGAAAUAGACGAUGUGUGUGCAAUCUGCUAUCAUGAAUUCACAACGUCUGCCCGGAUCACACCAUGUAACCAUUAUUUCCAUGCACUUUGCCUUCGGAAAUGGUUGUACAUCCAAGACACUUGUCCAAUGUGCCAUCAAAAAGUGUACAUCGAAGAAGAGAUCAAGGACAGCUCAGAGGCAUCUAACAACAAUGGAUUUCUAGUACCCAAUGAAAACCCAGAGGAAGUGAUCCUAGAAGCUGCCGCCGCCGCCGAACCAGACAGGGAACUGAACGCCGCUGACAGUACAGACUGUGAUGAUAGUGUGGAGACAGGACGGGAUGGAGGGAGCCAGCACAUGGGCCCCGCUGCCGAAGAACUGGUGAAUGAUGACACGGACUGAUUAAAAUAGCAGUUACUAAUCAUUGAGGGUUCUACAGGCUGUGAAUCUCGAUAGGAGCGGAUCGUCUUAACUCUCCCACCGAGCUGCAGACCUUGUUGUUAGCAGUUCAGUGUUUACCCAGCAGCACCACCAGGGGACUAAGAAUUCCUUCCAAGAAUAAACGCAAGUAUUUGUUACUGGUAUUUCUUGUUGGUGUCCUUAGGUGCUGUCCAGUUGGUCUCCACUCACAGUGGACCCAUGUGGCACAGCCAAAUGCUGCC